GGGUGAGCGCAGGCGCAGACACCGACACCGCUCUCCCCACACACGGACAGACGCAGACCGAGAGCGGCGGGCCAUGGAUUCCGGAGAUGCCGACCUGAUGGAGGGCAGCAGCGGCUUCAGCAGCGACUCUGAGGCGGAGAGCGUGGGCGAUGAGGAUGUAGAGGAGGAGGAGGAGGAGGAGGAGGAGGAGGAGGCCUUCUCGGAUCUGUCCGGGGAGGAGGAGCUGGGCUCCGAGCUGGAGGAGGCCGCGGCGGAGGCCGGCUCCGGGCCUGGGCCUGGGCCUGGGCCUGGGGCGGAUAGCGAGCUGCCAGCUGAUGUGCAGAGGCAGCUGAAAUUCCUCAAUACUGUUUCCAACAUCGUGCUGAGCAAACUUUCCAAGGCCGAAUGUACCAGCUUACUGCAUGACUCCGUGGAGUCUGAAUUUUUUGUGAUUGAUGGGGAUUCAUUAAUGAUUGAACAUGUACUAGACAGUGCUUUUCGCGAGGGGCAGAAUUUGCACUUUUUCUAUUUGGUGGAACGAUUUUUGUUUGACAUCACUCAAAAAGGAGCAAAAUAUGUAAUUGUGUUCUUCAAGGAUGCUGAGUGUAUGUGGGCUAGGAGUCCCUACCAUCUUUCUUUGCGAACUUCAUUAAUUCUUCAUCUGAAGAACAACACAGAAGCUCCAGUUUACACAGAAUUUGUCAACUGCUUUUCUUCGAAAUGGCAAGAGUUUUUGCAAGAAAAGUACCCAUAUUUCAUAAUGAUCAGUGACAAAGCGUUCACGUUAGCUGACACGAGGGAGAUAUCCACCUACCUGUUGAAGAUGUUCAUUUUUCACACGCUAGGAUGUGAAAUAAAUGUUGCAAUGACCUCUGGCAUGCAUUCUGAUGUUCGCAGACUUUAUGGAUACUACCUUAACAGUAAAGCAGUUGCUACAAAAAGCAGAAAGAUCCAAAAAGCUAUGGAACCUGCUCACCGGUCAAUAGUGUCAUUUUUAUCUCAAAAUCGCAUAAGUAAGCAGUUCCUUGGAAGAGAUCAAAAUCACAAGAGCCUGUCAGAAGAGGUGCAGUGGGACUUCGAUCAGCUCAAGUGUUUGUGGCCAGAUGGAUCAGAUAUAAGGCGAUCUGUCUGUGUUGUUUCUUGUUCUAUGGCUCUGAAAUGUUACAUGCGCAUGUUGAAAAAUGAAGAAAACCAUAAAGGGACAGAAACUGCUAACAGUAAGGCAAAGGAUGAAAGUUUAACAUUUCAAGAGGCAGCAGACAUUUGCCGAAUAUAUUGUGCACAUGUGGCCUUAAUGUGUCACUUACCAUUGACCAAACGAGCCCACAAGAACAUCAGUAUAAAAUGGGCAAAACAAGCCUCCAAUUUUCUGCAGUUGCUUAAUAUGAAUGAGCAUUUAGUCCUAAAGAACCUUGACAUCACAAAGAGCUCGAGAAGUGACCUGGUGCAUUUAUGUGACUUGAGUGAUAGACUACUAUUAACAAGAUUGGCAGUUGGUUGCAGCACAAUGACAGAUCGUGCAGAUUCCAUUUCUCUGGGAGAGGUAAUUGAAAAAGAGUGCAGGCAAAUGUGGGACGGUUUGACCAGCUUAAUUUCUGAAUGUGACAUUGGAAAUGCAUUUCCUUUGCAAAUUGCAUCAAAGCUGCUAGUGCAAGAGAAUGACGGCUUACUUGAAGAAUGUCCUGUGGAGGUACUUCCUGAAGUAGGUUUCAUCCCAGUGAACAUUCCCCUGGUUGAAGAAUAUGCCGGAGAUGUUUUAAAGGUUAUGCCUGUAUUAAGCAAGGACAGUUCUGUGGUCACAUCACUUUCUGAAAACAAAAUGUUUGAUAAUCUUUUGGAUUGGUCUUUGGAUAAACAACUCAGUGAUGAUUAUGAAAGGACCAAAGCGUCAACAUUUGGAGAGAAAACAAAUGAUCCUGUGGUGAGGAAACGCAUGCUUCGAAGCUAUCAGAAGUUGGUCCGAUUUCACCGAUUCUAUGGAUCAACACUAGAGGGCAAUAUCACAAAGAACAUUAUUACCAAUGUGCAAGGGGCAACAACCACAGCACCAAAACUGUCCAAUGUCAUAAGUGGGAAAGGCAAAAAGUUACCGCCCAAGAAGAAAGCUGAUCUAAUUGCUGAAGAAAACAUCAGGAAAAAGAAAGAGAAGGAAGAUCUGAAACAAAGGGAACAAUGGACUUUAAUAUCAAAGAGCAUUAUGAAAAUGAUUCAAGAGAACUUUGACCAUGGCAUUAAAAAGCUUGAGGAGUUUUUGAAGAAAUGCUCAGGUGACUCCGUGAAAUUGAUUGCAGAGAUGGAUGUGCUUGAAAACUGCUUUAAAAUCUGGGUAGAACACUGCCAAAUGACAGAAAGCACGAAGAGAAACAAUCUUAUAGCAGGUCGAGUGAUGAAAAGAAUUCACAAUAUUUUGGACAAGUACGAAAAGAUGAUGGAAAAGAACCAACUGAAAUUGAUAGCUACUUAUCUCAAAGAGCUUGGAUUUGACAAAUUAGCGCAAUGUCUCCCAGACAUUGAUCAGAAAGUGGCACGUUCUAAAAAUUCCAAGAAAGAGAACAUGCUCACAGUUGGUGUUGAACCUGCUCGUUUCCAGCUGAAAUUCAUGGGUCCUUACUUGUUGCGCGAUGAAAGAAAUGAUCCAGAUCCUAGAGUUGCUCAUUUCAUUCCAGACACAUGGCAGCGCGAACUUCUAGAUGCUGUGGACAACAAUGAAUCUGCUGUGAUAGUUGCUCCAACGUCAUCAGGAAAAACUUAUGCCUCGUAUUACUGCAUGGAAAAAGUUCUACGAGAUAGUGAUGACGGUGUACUGGUGUAUAUUGCACCCACUAAGGCUCUUGUGAACCAAGUGGUAGCAACUGUUUAUAACCGAUUCAGCAAGACUUUACCUGAUGGAAUGGUGGUCUGUGGAGUAUACACGCGAGACUAUCGCCAAGAUGCUUUAAACUGUCAGAUUCUCAUCACAAUUCCUCAGUGUUUAGAAAGUCUCAUUCUUAAUUCUCAACGACAAGCUUGGAUUAAGAAGCUUAAGUAUGUAAUUUUUGAUGAGGUCCAUUGUCUCGGUGGAGAGAUUGGCGCAGAAGUUUGGGAGCAUCUACUAGUGAUGAUUCGAUGUCCAUUCCUGGCUUUAUCCGCAACAAUCAGCAAACCGGAAGCGCUCUCCCAGUGGCUUCAAACAGUGAAGAAUUUCUGGCAACGAACAGAGAAGACAAUGGACAACCCUGUGAAAGUUAGUGGUGGAAAGAAGAAACAGCAAAUUAAAAUUCCAAGGGACCAAAAAUCCUACAAAGUCAGACUAGUGGUCUAUGGAGAACGAUACAAUGAUCUGGAAAAGUAUGUGUGUAGUUCAAAAGAUUCUGGGCUUGACUUUGUUCCCUAUCAUCCCUGUGCUGCUUUAACUGUGGAUCAUAUUGAGACGUAUGGUUUUCCUUCAGACCUCAGUCUAUCUCCUCCAGAGUGCUUACGGUUAUAUGAUACGAUGGCUGAAACCUGGAAGGAGUGGCCUCGUGCGCAGGAGCUCGAGCCGGAAGAAUAUAAGGGAUUCAAGGAUAAAAUUGUUAUUAAAAAGAAUGAUGUAAGAAAAUAUGAGGCAGAAUUAAAACAAGAAUUGGAGAAAUGGAUCACUUCAGGACAGAAAAAUCAGGCUCUGGAAGUGUUAGACAAGCUGAAACCCACAAGUGUUGUGAAUUCUACAGCAACAAUGGUGAAGCAAUUUCCCAUGUUGGUGGAAGCCUUACAGAAAGAGAACCAGCUGCCAGCUUUGUUUUUCUCAUUUAGUGCUUCUGUAGUGGAGCGUUUAGCCAAAGAAACAUUCGCACAUGUCACCAACAAGGAACAGAUGAAAAGAGGUUCAGAUGAUGCAAAGAAAAGAAUUGAAUUUGAAAACAAGCUUCGCAAAUUAUCAAAGCGUGCUGGAAAAAAGCAACCCUCUGAUCCAAAGGAGUCCCAUGUAUCUGACAACAUGGUAAUGAAAGAAACUGAGCAAGAAAUGCUAUACCAGAAACUUCAGGAAAUGAGAAAGAUUCCUCCGGACUGCACCUAUGCAGUGGAAACUGCUGCAGACCGUAAGAUUCUCGAUACAAUCUUCCAACGAUUGCAGCAAGUGAAAACUGCCAAUCAGCUACGUUUUUAUUUGGAAAGAGGCAUUGGAUUUCACCAUGCUUCACUGAACAGUAAAGGAAGGCAAGCUGUGGAGAUGCUGUUCAGGCUUGGAUUUGCCAGGGUUGUGACUGCUACUGGAACUCUUGCUUUGGGAAUUAACAUGCCAUGCAAAACAGUUGUCUUUCUCGAUGAUUCAGUAUUCCUGGAUGCUUUACAAUACAGACAGAUGUCUGGUAGAGCUGGAAGACGAGGUUUCGAUUUGAUUGGUAAUGUGGUCUUUUAUAGUAUUCCAAUGCCGAAGGUGCAGAGACUUCUCAAAGCAAGUGUUCCCCUACUGAGUGGCCAGUUCCCUCUAUCUGUCUCUCUUGUGCUUCGUCUUCUGCUGUUGGUUGCUAAAGCUGAGGACGUGAUGGAUGCAAAAGCUAAGGCUUUGUCUCUGUUGCAGCAUUCGAUGUUGUGUUAUAAUAAUCCGAAAAAGCAAUGGGUGUUGAAGCUCUACUUCCUAUCUUGCUUGCAGUUUCUUCUCAAGGGGGGCUUUGUGGAUUUAGAUGGUACACCCCAAGGGCUUGCAGAGCUGGUGACCCAGUUGCAUUAUCAUGAGCCAGCAAAUUUUGUUUUCGUCAGCUUCCUGUUAAAAGGUCUGUUUCACAAGAUUUGCUCACAGCCUGAUAAAUCGGCAGGAAAAGGUUCAGACUGCUUUUCUGAUGAAAUUAUGGAGUCUUUACUUCUGGUCCUGUCACAUCUCUUUGGAAGGGUAUAUCUUCCAUCAUGUUCAACCGAAAAGGAGUGGGCUACACUCCACCAGUCAAAGGUGUUUCUGGAGGAUCUUCCAGAAGAGUUUGCAGCUGUAGUCGAUGAAUAUAACAAAAAUAUCCAGGAGAUCUUUGGAUGUUUUCUUCUUUCUGCUUCAACUCAAGCUGAUUUGGCGGAAGAAUGUCAUCUUCCUCUUUCAAGAAUAUCUUUUGAAAGUGUUCAGCCUCUCCAAAAUUGCACAUUUGUAACUGAGUUGACAACAUCUGGAAAUCAUCCAACAACAGCUGUAUCUCCUUUUACAUGUUUGUCUGGGAUUACCAAUCUUGAUCUGUUCAAAACAUACAAUAUUGACAAUAUUGCUUUACGCACACUUGAACUUAGCUCAAGCAACAUCCCUGUGUUAAACUUAAGGAAGUAUGACCAGCAUGGCAGGAGAAUGCCACUGAACGCUUAUGCCCUGGACUUCUACAGACACGGUUCUUUAAAGGCUUUAUUAAGUGACAACAUGUUGCAUUUGGGAGAAGCCUAUAAUGUCCUUAACGAGUUCCAACUAACACUUACUUCAAUCAGCACCUCUCUCAAAGAACUUUGUGACAACAAGGAUGACAUCGUUGUUUUGGCUUUUGAACAACUGAGAGAUACAUUUUAUCAAAAAUUCGAAAAGAUCAAAAGUUAAUAUUAAUGCAGUUAGAAAGCAAAACUGUCAUCCACAAAUGCUUUGUGGAUUCUUGCUCCUGGCUGUGGGGACUGAAUACUUGUACAUGACAAAAACAAGUUGUGAAGGGCAUAUGAAAUUUAAAAAAAAGCCCAAUGAUGUCAACAAAAAAUAAAAUUAAAUAGUAGAUAAUUUAAUGUAUUGUGUUGAACUUUAAUUGCACUAUGUACAAACUGUUAAAGCUGGACAGCUUUAUAGGGAAAUAACUUUGAAUGCCAAACUUCACAUAUGACCUCUGCACUGAAUUAGUAUACAUUUAUCUCCAUUCUCUUCUGGAAAUAUUUUGGUUAAAGAUGUGCCACAUGACAGGAGGCACUGAUCAUGCUUGUUGCUAUCUCAUGUGCAAUACUGAUAUUUCAACUAAGACAGUUGGGAAAUUGAGUUCUAAUUGAGGUAGUAGAGAAGUGCAAUGCACUGUGCCACAAAAUGAUGUGAUUUGAGUUUGGCCCUCAGAAUUCCCACGAGCAGCGUUCUUGACUUUGGGCGUGUACAGCUGAAGAAUAAAACGAACCAUUCCCACAGGUAAAGCGAAUUGGCAAAGAAUCAUCCUUGGCCACUCUUCCAUUGCCCAGUUUCAUUGACAUUGUGUUAGAUCCUCCCUCUUGGUCAUACCUAGGCAUUAUAAAUAAGGCUAUCUGUAGCAUUGGCACAUGGAAUUGUUUCAUUCCUGUAAUUUCUUAUACUUUGAAUUCAAUAAUUUCAAUGGCACAGGCAAUGAGUUAAUGCAUGAAAGUCAGGGUGUUCCCCAUACUGACAUUUUUUUUCCCUAGAAACUAAAGAUAAAUGCCCUUCAACUGCUUGUGCCAUGCUUCCUAAACAUUGGAAAAAGAGCAGCAGUGGUAGAAGUGUGUUAGGUAUGCAUUUUUAAAAAGACCUUCUAAGUUUCAUUCUUCUUUGUGGUUAGAAAAGCGAAGUGGAGUUGGCAACUAGCUUCCAGCUGGAAGGUAAAAAGUCAUGUCAAAAACAUUUUAAGGUAUUCUACACCUCGUUAUCAUGUGUUAAGUUUCUUAUAUGUUUUAAUAUUUUAAGGUGAUUUCAAUAGUAAGGUCUAAUAAAUUGCAAAAUAUCUUCACCUUUUUAAAAAAAAUCAUAAAGCAUCUUUUUAAAACAAUAUUUUGCUCAAAUAAAGAUGUUUUUUGAAAAAGCUU